AUGGCAACAAUUCGCAUAUUCUUGGCAUGUGUGGUUCUCCUCAGUACCAGCGUACCAUCAUUUUCUCUCCAAACUAGUGGGGAGUGCUUCUUCAACACCAAAGGGAGCUGUGAGUACAUGGGUCAGGUGUUUGGGUUAGGUGAGCGUUGGAUCACCAUUGAUUGUUACCAGUGUGUCUGCAUGGAGCCUUUUGGAGUAGGAUGCUGUGAUCAUGGUUUCAAACCUGUGGACUAUCCUGAGUGGUGCGACAUCAUCCGCAAGCCUGACUCUUGUGCCAGUGUUGUGGUGAUGAAAGCCAAUCACAAGCUGCCCUGCCUGUGGGGACGAGGCCACCUCCAAACUGCUGCAAGCCUCCCCUGGAAAUCUGACAAUGAUCCCAUGUUUUGA